AUGAUUUCCCCCAAACCUUUCUGCUUCAUGAAUGUGUGCCAGAAAUCCCCAAAUUGGAAGCGUGCAACCAGCCAAAUCUUGUUGAUACUUUUUAAUUGCACAUGCUUCACCGCCACUAUGCUCAAGGAAAGCCGUCCUUUCAUCUCCCCAUUUUCAGAGAGAAUGAAUGUGGCAGAAAACCCUAUUUUUAAGGACACAGCUUUUAAUUUAGACAAAAAACAAAUUGUGAAUGAUGGUGCUCUGGUCCCAGGAAGUGGAGAGCUGAAUGCUCAAUCAAGAAAAGAAGAUCAUGAUGGGGCUUUCCACAUUGACAUCAAAUCCAUACUUGAAGAAUAUCCAGCCAUAAGUGAGGAAGACUUGGUUUCAAAAGACAAUUCUAUCUUUCAGUUGCAAAAAGCCAUCCAAAAACUUCAAUUUGCUGCAGAAUCCGUCAAACAACUACCAAAAUUAAGAAAAGAUCAUCUUCAAGAACUAGAAAACUUCCAGCUUCUCCAGAUUGAAUGGAAGGACUAUUUUGUCAACCACUUCCGAUUAAAGAAAGGCACAUAUGAUGAUUUCUGCAAACUACGUAAGAAGUUUUAUGUACCGGGUCACUCUCCUUUGUUCACAGCCUUGAAGCAAAGCUAUGAACAAUCCUUCCAAGAGUUGAGAUCAGAUAAUUGGUGGUCUAAAUUAAUCAAAUUCUUCCGUUAUAUUUUCAAAAGAGAUGAAUGGAGACAAGAUAUGGCUUCCAUCAAGUUGAACAAAAUAAGGAGAGGAUUGAAAGAAUCUCAAACUCUCAAUAAUGAAAAGCUGCUAGCUGCAAUCAAUCAGUUAUCCAUAUCUAGGAGGAAGGGUCCAAAUUUCUCAGAAAGAGAGUUACAACUGAUUGAAAACAUGUCCAGACAGCUUUCAACUUACUUCUGA